AUGGGGUUUGCUGGUAGUAGUAGUAGUAAUCAUGGAGGACAAGAAGGUUUAUCAUCUUCAUGGAGGUUUUUAACAAGGAGGAAGAAGGUUAAUUCUCUUGUUGAGGACAACAACAGUAAGAAUUCUCAUGAAGUACAACUUGCUAAGGAGUUAACUAUUCCUCAUCUCAUGGCAAUUGGUGUUGGUGCAACAAUUGGUGCUGGUGUGUAUGUUCUAGUUGGAACUGUGGCAAGGGAACAUGCUGGACCUGCUUUACCGCUUUCAUUUUUGGUUGCUGGAUUAGCAGCUGCUCUUUCAGCUCUUUGCUAUGCUGAGUUGGCUUGUCGCUUCCCUUCUGCAGGAAGUGCUUAUCACUAUGCUUACAUAUGUCUUGGUGAAGGGGUUGCUUGGUUGAUUGGCUGGUCCUUAUUACUUGAAUACGGAAUUGGUGGAGCUGCCGUUGCUCGCGGCAUAACCCCUAAUUUGGCUGCACUUAUUGGCGGUGUUGACAACUUGCCAGCAUUUUUAUCCUAUCAACAUAUUCCUGGUACUGAUAUUGUUGUAGACCCACUUGCAGCAACUAUGGUAUUCAUCGUUACUUGGAUCCUGUGUACUGGCAUCAAAGAGAGUACAAUGGUACAAAGUAUAGUCACAUCAGUAAAUAUAUGUGCCUUGAUGUUUGUGAUAGUAGUUGGCGGUUAUUUAGGAUUCAAAUCUGGAUGGGUUGGAUAUGAACUCUCAAUAGGGUAUUUUCCAUUCGGGAUAGAUGGAAUGAUUGCUGGUUCUGCAACAGCUUUUUUUGCAUACAUAGGUUUUGAUGCAGUUGCCAGUACUGCUGAAGAGGUGAAAAAUCCUCAAAGAGAUUUACCACUAGGAAUUGCUGCUUCAUUGUCUGUGUGUUGUGGAUUGUAUAUGAUGGUAUCCAUUGUUGUUGUUGGUUUAGUACCUUACUAUGCUAUCAAUCCUAACACCCCUAUAUCCUCUGCAUUUGCUGACAACGGAUUGCAAUGGGCAGCAUACAUUAUAAAUGUUGGGGCUAUUACAGCACUAUGUUCAUCAUUGCUCGGUGGAACGUUGCCUCAGCCGAGACUUUUGAUGGCUAUGGGAAGGGAUGGACUGCUUCCACCAUUUUUUUCUGACAUAAGUAAGCACAGUUAUGUUCCUGUAAAGAGUACCGUAGUUACUGGCCUUGUUGCUGCAGCCUUGGCAUUUUUCAUGGAUGUCUCUCAACUUGCUGGGAUGGUUAGUGUAGGUACUCUUCUUGCAUUCACCAUAUCAGCAAUAUCUAUGUUGAUAGUAAGAUAUAUCCCACCAUUUGAGGUUCCAUUGCCCCCUUCUCUACAAGAACCAAUUGAUGCAGAGUCGAAUGUCUGGAGCCAUUUGGAAACAUUCAAAAAAGAUGCAAAAAAUAAAUGCUUAGUUGUUCAAGAGGAUAUAUCCGUUGAUUAUCCCCUUAUUCCCAAAAGUCUUGCCAUAGACACAUUUGUACAUAUUGGCAAUAGGAAACAAAUUGUUGGUUGUGUAAUAGCAUUCAUGUGCUUAGGUGUGUUUAUACUUACAUUUGCAGCUGCUUCUACAUAUUUUCUCAGUUCAGUUAGAUUUACAUUAUGUGGAGUUGGUGGCACUCUUGUUUUGUCUGGCCUUGUCUUUCUAACAUGUAUAGAUCAAGAUGAUGCAACACACAAGUUUGGAAACUCUGGAGGUUUCACAUGUCCAUUGGUGCCACUGCUACCUAUAAUUUCCAUUCUUAUAAAUUCCUAUCUACUUAUUAGUCUUGGGGGUGGUACUUGGGUGAGAGUUUCUGUAUGGCUAGCAUUAGGAGUUAUUAUUCAUGUUUUCUAUGGUAGAAACCAUAGCUCUCUCAAACUUGAUGAUGCCAAUUAUACUCCUUCAAGCUCUCUUGCUUAG